AUGGCGUUUCUUCAGAUGCAAGGAACAGCGAAGCUACAACAAGUGACACAGCUUCUGAAGUCUCUUGAGAAAGACCUACAAGAGCACAACCUCUCAACAGCAGACCGGGUCCAGACCCUCCUCCAGCUCCGACAACACGGCACAAACCCUACCAACGCGGAACCGAUCUAUUCACAAAAUGGCAUUAAUACCUUGGUGCGGUAUGGCGUUGAGGGAGAGACCCCUGACGUACGUCGAGCAGCGUUGCGAUGUGUUGCGAAUGCGCUAUUACUUGAACCCGAAAUGCGCCAGGCUUUUGUAGACACAGGAUACGGUGGAAAGCUAGCAGAAAAGCUCAAGACCGAAGACUCGGAAGAUGAGAUGGUCACAAGUCGGAUAUUGUUCUACGCGACUUAUAACACCACUCUGGACUUUAAAGACUUGAUCAAGAGCCACGAAUUGGGAGAUAACGUCAACUACCAAUUGAGCCGCCAUGCGAAACAGUUCCCCAAGUCAGGAAGAAAGCCAUUGUCACAAAUGGACGAACUGGCAUUGUCAGACACACUCAAGUUGAUAUACAACAUUUCCAAGAUAUUUCCAGAUCUCGCUACCGAGUUCUCCCCCUCCAUCCCUCAUAUUUUGAAGAUUAUAUGCCGCAUUGAUAUCCCAGCAAAGCCCCUGGAUGGUUUAGUUGGCGGCUUGCUGAAUACAUUGUCUAUCCUUGAUUUGGAAGAAAAGAAAGGCAAAAUUUUCGAGAGCAGCCCCCUGUUCCCGACAUUUGACCCCAAUUGCAACGUGGCUAAGUUGAUCAGCAUCUUGGAUCAGGCCGUAUCCAUAUACAGCCCCAACGAGCUGGAGGCAAACGCAGUCCCAUUGCUAUAUUCGCUCGUCGCUAUCCACGAAGUGGCACCCGAUGGACCCCGCAAGUAUAUGCAGUCACUUCUUCUGCCCGAGGACACUGACCGAAGCUUGCCAAUUGGACAGUCUGAAACACUUUCCUCAAGACUUCUGAAGCUCUCGACAACCCACUUUGCCAAUCUGAAAGUUACAAUUUCUGAGCUAAUGUUUGUUCUGUCGGAUAAGGAUGCGGAGAAACUCACUAAGAAUAUUGGCUACGGCUUCGCUGCUGGGUUCCUGGCAGCGCGAGGUAUUGAGAUGCCACAGAGUGCAAGUGAAGCAUCGGCCAAAGAUGACCCCGAAUCCGCACGUAAUCCUAUCACUGGACAACGGUGGGCCGCUGAGCCACAGGAUUCCGGUCCGCCCAUGACCAUGGAGGAGAAGGAGCGCGAAGCAGAGAGACUCUUCGUGUUAUUUGAGAGGGCAAAAGCAAAUGGUCUCAUCAAUGUCGAGAACCCCGUGACCCAGGCUCUCCAUGAGGGAAGAUUCGAAGAACUGCCGGAUGAUACUGAUAGUGACUGA